AUGUCUCAGUCUACAGACAUGCCGCCUUUGAAGUCGUCAUCGUCGUCUGCGCUAGGGGCUACAACUGCUAACGACGGUUACGACGUAACGACGUUGCAAGGCGACAACGCAUUGGACGCGGGAAUGAUCUUUCUCGGCGGUCAUCGAACACGCCCGAAUUGGUCGCCGCAGGAGGACCUGAUUCUGCUGCAGCAUGUUGCUCGCCAUGGCACGCGCAACUGGGGUUCGCUCCAAGCCAGCGGUUUACUGCCGCUCCGCGACCAGAAGGCCUGCUGCAACCGCUUCAUUCUCCUCAAGAAGCGGUGCAUUAAGGACAAGCGGAGCCUCUCGCAUCUGCUUCACCGCGCUAAGGAGUCCGUCGUCACACCUGAGACUAGCACCCAGCUGAAUCAAAUUGCGUCGUCGAGCUCCUUCGCAGCUCCUUCCUUUUCGAGCCAACUGCAGCUUCCGGCAUUGAGCGGCGGCAGCCUUGGCCUCAACAGCAACUCGCGACCCUCCUUCAAGAGCGGAAGUCCCACCAGCGCUUCCGGUAUUGCCGCCGCUACCGCGGCCUUCAAUGCUCCUUCCGCCACCGCGUCACCGACCGCUGCGCGAAGCCCCGUUUCCCUUGUCCAGCAGCAGCAACACACUGAGCAGCAGCAGCAGCUGAAGAUCCAGCAGGCACUCGCUGGUUCCCCGUACUUACAGCAGCCUGCUGUUAACACUUCUAACGCGGCUUUGGGAGGUGGAAACGUUUCAGGGGUCCCGCUUCUCCAGAUGCCUGCGCUCAAUCCGUCGAUGCCUCUCAGCAUGUCCGUGCAGCUCGCCAAUCUCAACUCCUCCUUCACUGCUCUUCUUACCUCCUCUGUAUCUGUCAAUCAUCGCCUGGCUUCCAUGGCAGCACCAGCUCCUGUUAUCUCCCACACGUGGAGGCCACAGGGCAAUGCCAAGUGCCUUCAGGAGGCGUUGUUCUCGGACUCAGUGAAUGAGGAGAGCCGAGAAAUGCAGAUCCAGCAGCAGCAGGUGUUCCAUUCCCAGCAGCAGGCUCUGAACUUGAAGCUGCAACAGCAGCAGCAACAGGAGCAGAUUUCUCACGAUAAUCUAUCUGAGGUGACGCGACAGCUGGCCCAGCAAGAGCAAGGAAAUCAGCAAGUCAUGUCGCAGCGACCUGAUGUGAUGCUGCUGGAGGCGUUUUCAUCUGCUCGUGGCAUUAGUAACGAGAGUCUUCAUAACAGUCUGAAUGAGCCCCAGCAAAUGCUUGAUGCUGGUUCAGGCGAUCCAUGGGCUGCACUGAACACAACCGAGGAUGCAAGGUUGGCGAACAUUGUUUCCAGUGGGUCACUUGAGGCCGUGGUUGCGGGUAAUGGACGUGUUACGGAGUUUCCUCUGACUGCCUUUGAUGAUGAGAAGCCUGUGGGAGCUGCAGAUUUUCAGAGUGAGGAGGCAAUGUUCUCUUCGCUCACCCACAAUGGCAUGUUCGCUGAUAUGCCAUCGAGCUUCUCGGAGUCUGACAUGCUCCAGGCGAUACAUGCUGAGAUGGAGAUGCUCAGCUCAAUUGUCAAUGCUUCUUACUCGAGCCUCGUGAAGCAGGUCACGGACCACUCGCUGCCGGUGCAACUACGACUCGAUAUACGCAACUACGUGGUGUCCUUCCUGGCCACCAAGGGUCCCAAAGCGGAGUCCUUCGUGACUGCGUCUCUAGUGCAGCUGCUGUGUCGGAUUUCCAAGCUCGGGUGGUACGACGACGAGAGGUUCAGAGACAUCGUGGAUGAAUGCACCAAGUUCCUUGCUCAGGGCACAGCGGAGCAUUUCUUCCUAGGCCUCAAGAUCUUCAACCAGCUGGUGGCAGAGAUGAACCAGCCUAGUCCAGGCCGGUCACUCACCUUCCAUCGCAAGACAGCCUGCUCCUUCCGAGACCUGGCGCUAUUCGCAAUCUUCCAGAUCUCCCUCACCAGCCUGCGGCAGCUGCAGUCCGACGCUGACGACAAGCUGAGGGCGGAGGCAGUCUCCCUGGCGUUGCGCUGCCUCUCCUUCGACUUCGUGGGGACAUCACUGGACGAGAGCUCAGAGGAGCUGGGAACCAUCCAGGUGCCGUCGUCAUGGAGGGCAGUGCUGGAGGACACGGCCACCAUGCAGCUCUUCUUCGACUACUAUGCCGCCACCAAGCCCCCCCUCUCCAACCAGUCCUUGGAGUGCCUGGUGCGGCUGGCCUCGGUCCGUCGCUCUCUAUUCACAGGGGAAGCAGAGCGCCUCAAGUUCCUGUCGCACCUCAUGAACGGCUCCACGGAGAUCCUGCGGUCCAAGCAGGGCCUGUCGCAGCACGACAACUACCACGAGUACUGCCGCCUGCUGGGCCGCCUCAAGACCAACUACCAGCUCGCCGAGCUGGUGAACGCGGAUAACUACGCGGAGUGGGUGCAGCUGGUGGCUGAGUUCACGAUCACCUCUCUGCAGUCCUGGCAGUGGGCGAGUGGUAGUGUGUAUUUCCUGCUGGGCCUCUGGUCGCGCCUGGUGUCCUCAAUGGCCUACACCAAGAGCGACUGCCCCAGCCUGCUGGACAACUUCGUGCCUCAGAUCACAGAGGCCUACAUCACAUCCCGCCUCGACUCCGUUCAGGCUGUGCUUCAAAACAACCUAUCAGAGGAUCCCCUGGACAAUGACGAGCAGCUACAAGACCAGCUAGACAACCUGCCCUACCUCUGCAGGUUCCAGUUUGACCGCACCAGCAAGUUCAUCAUAAGCCACUUAGAGCCCAUCAUGCAGUCAUACACGGAGGCGGCGCGGUGGCAGCCGGCUGUAGCAGCGAGCAGCACGAGCCAGGUGGCACUACAGGUGAUGGAGAGCCAGCUGACGUGGAUUGUACACAUCAUUGGCGCCAUUGUCAGGGGCCGACUCAGCUCCAGCAGUGGAGACUCCCAGGAGCUGAUCGAUGGGGAACUGGCAGCAAGAGUGUUCCAGCUCAUUCAAGUCACAGAUACUGGCCUGCACGCACAGCGCUACGACGAGCGCAGCAAGCAGCGGUUGGACCUGGCGGUGCUCUCCUUCUUUCAGAACUUCCGCCGCGUCUACGUGGGCGACCAGGCCAUGCACGCCUCCAAGGUGGACACCGUUGAGCCAUGCCUGGGUGCCAAGGCCAUGCGCGCCUCCAAGGUGGACACCGUUGAGCCAUGCCUGGGUGCCAAGGUGACCGCUGGUAGGUAUAGGUCCCUCUACGUGGGCGACCAGGCCAUGCACGCAUCCAAGGUGGACACCAUUGAGCCAUGUCUGGGUGCCAAGAUCCUAUAUGCCCGCCUGGCGGACCUACUGGGUCUGCAAGAUCACCUCAUGGUUCUCAAUGUGAUUGUGGCGAAAAUUGCCACCAACCUCAAGUGCUACACCAAGAGCGAGGACGUCAUCGAGCAAACAUUGAACCUUUUCCAAGAGCUUGCAGGAGGCUACAUGAGUGGCAAGUUGUUGCUGAAAUUGGACUCUGUCAAUUUCAUUUUAGCCAACCACACUAGCGAGCACUUCCCCUUCCUGGACGAGCCGAGCAGCACGCGCAACCGCACCAUCUUCUACUUCACGCUCACACGCCUGCUCUUCAUGGAGGACUCGCCUCAGAAGUUCAAAGCAUUCGUCGCCCCUCUGCAGCUGGUGAGCACCAUAUUGUACCGCAUUGUUCACUCUCACGCGUCUGCUCUUCAUGGAGGACUCGCCUCAGAAGUUCAAAGCAUUCGUCGCCCCUCUGCAGCUGGUGAGCACCAUAUUGUUUUUGUGAAGCUGGAAUCGAUGCCAGAUGCAUCCUUCCGCACAGAGCCGGUCAAGUUUGCCCUUAUCGGCCUCUUCAGAGACUUGAGAGGAAUCACUAUGGCCACUAACAGUCGGCGCACGUUCGGGCUGCUGUUUGACUGGCUCUACCCCGCUCACAUGCCACUCAUUCUGCGCACCGCGCAGUUCUGCUCCGACACCCCUGCUGUCACCACGCCCCUCCUCAAAUUCUUUGCCGAGUUUGUGGUCAACAAGACGCAGAGACUCACGUUUGACUCGUCGUCGCCGAACGGCAUCCUGCUCUUCCGGGAAGCUUCCAAGCUGGUCGUGAUGUAUGGCAAGCACGCCCUGGCCAUGCCGACAGGCCCACACCCAUACACGGCCAAAUACAAGGGCGUGUGGAUUGCUCUCACUGUGCUGACUAGAGCCCUGGCAGGCAACUAUGUUAACUUCGGGGUAAUGGAGCUGUAUGGGGAUACGGCUCUGCCCGAUGCUCUCGACGUGGCACUCAAGCUCUGCCUCUCCAUUCCUCUGCCUGAAAUCAUGGCCUUCAGAAAGUUGGCCCGAGCGUACUUUGCGUUCCUAGAAGUGCUGUGCCACAACCACACGCUCGUGAUCAUCAACCUGCCCACAGCCACGUUCAGCCACCUGGUGGGGUCGCUAGACACAGGGCUCAAGUGCCUGGACGUCUCCAUCUCGUCCCAGUGUGCGUCAGCAGUGGACAACCUAGCAGCCUACUAUUUCAACAACGUCACAGCAGGGGAUGCACCCUCCUCGCCUGCUGCUCUCACCAUCGCGCAACACUUGGCUGAGUGCCCCACGCUCUUUCCCGAGAUUCUCAAGACCUUAUUCGAGAUUGUGUUAUUUGAGGACUGUGCCAACCAGUGGAGCCUCAGCAGACCCAUGCUGUCACUCAUCCUCGUCAACGAGCAACUCUAUAACGACCUCAAGCUGCAAAUACUCUCCUCGCAACCAUCGGACCAGCGGCCGCGCAUAGCCGAGUGCUUUGACAAGCUGAUGGCGGAUGUGGGGCGGAACCUCGACCCCAAGAACCGAGACAAGUUCACUCAGAACCUAACCAUCUUUCGGCACGACUUCCGUGCCAAGUAA